UAAAGACAGAGGGAUCAUAGCCCGCUCUUAUGGGGCUUCUGGAAGGGACUGUGUGUGUCUCAAAUCAUCAGAACAAAGGGAAGACCCUUAGAAACUAUCACCAGCCCCUACAUCAAUAUGGCAGAGGCUUUAGGCCCAGAGAGGCUGUCGGGCAGGAACUGGCCACACUGUGGAAGAAUAACCUCUGCUAAAAAUGUAAUUCCUGGCACAGAGAGGAGAAGAAAUAGUCUGGCUUUCCCCCCUUUUCAUCCUGUAAUCUCCCAAAUGCUUCCCAUUGGCCUAUCCUAAUGGGAAGCUGGUUGUGAAGGAGCCUGGGAAAUGUAGUUUGCACACCAGUCCCAUCUGUACCUUAUAGGCUGGAGCAAGAGGACAGGAAAUGGGUCUGAGAAUAAAAAGGCAGUGGCAAGUGCCAUGCUACCUGGAAUGCACCUGCCCCGUUUACAGUGGCAGGCGCACACCCCCGGACAGGGUCUGUCAUGAUGAGAUCCCUUUUCCCCUGUGCCUCAGCUCAUCGGGAUCCUGGACACACAUGUGCGGGCAUGUUUUAGGUCAGCCUGGGAUCCGCCUAUGUCAGCAAGCCUGGGCCUCAGUAAAAUGAUUUGACAGUCCUAUGUAGUUCAAUACAUUUGAAAGAGGGUGUGAGAGGUUGAAGAAGACUCUGGGAAAUCGUUCAGGAGACUGAGGAGCCCCUGGUUUUCCUGUUGUUUCCUUUUCUUUCCCUAUAGACUGAGGCUUCAUCGUUUCGUGCUCUGGAACUCAGAUUACAGUCUGCUCCCGGAGAAGGAUGUGAAAGCCUCUCUGUUGGCCAGCUACAUGUCUGUCAGUGGAAACUGGAAGGCAAAAAAGGCUUUCAUUAACCUCGCAGGCACCUUUGACAUGGGUAUGGAUGGCACAUCCAUCUCGGUUUCUCUGAACUUGGGCAAGGACCAGUCUGGACGACCCAACGCCACAGUGGCCUAUUGCAGCACCUCCAUUGGCCAUAUCAGCAUUGACAUUUCUGGAAGUUUAAGCUGGAUCCUGAACCUCUUCCAUGAAAGAAUUGAAAACAGAAUCAAAGAAACCUUGAAACAAAAGAUCUGCGAAAUGAUCAGGAAGUCAGCUGCCUCCUACCUGAAGCCCUAUCUGCAGACUCUGCCAGUCACCUUGAUGAUUGACCAGGUUGCCGGCCUUGACUACAGUUUGGUAGGAGCGCCCCAGGUGACCUCAAGGCCUGGACAUACCCUUCAAGGGUGAAUUCUUCAGCCUCAGCUCACGCUCCUCAGCCCCCUUUGAUGCCCCAGCCAUCAGGCUGCCCAUGCAACACGAC